AUGCCCCUGUUUCGAGAUCCGGAUCGGCGGCGUCAUUAUCUAUGGUCACCAGACCAAGAUAACCGUGAACACCCGACCACAGGGUCCCCUCAAUCCCAACUAAAUGAGCUCAGUCACCACAUGUUUGAUGCUUCAAAAAGUGCUGGUUCAGAUGCCGAAUAUAUGGAGUUAUCACCAUCAACGGAGCUGAACUUGCCGCCUAAACCGUGGGCCAACGGCCGGGAGGAGCUCAUACAUCGUAUCAAAGAGUCAUCGCCUUGGAGACAUGGACACACGUCCCUGGAUAAGGGUGACGAUGAUGUGUUCAUGCCUCACUCAUCGCAAACACGAUUUCAAACAGUAGAAGAGAAUGAAGAGCAUUCAAUCAGUCAUAAUCGUCAUAUCAACAAGACCGAGGAACUGGAAUCGCCGGCCGAUAUCCAAAGACCCCGAUCAGCGUUACAUACAGGCGACUUCAGGGAAGGUGCUACAGACCACCAUGAUCAACGAGCAUCCCAAUCGCUCUUCGCGGAGCAUGGCUUAGGAUCUCCCUUUACUCGUCUGAGCUCAUCUCCCACAACCCCAUGGUUUGGAGCCCCGCCGUUUCCACCUUCAUUGCGAGAUACGAGCAUAACGAACGAUCACAGCCAGUCUGAAGCUGUCAGGAAUGCUCGGGCUCGGGCGCCUUCGCUGGGCUCUUUCUCAUCAAGUUAUGUUCUGAAAGCUCCCACUAGUCCACUGGUGCACCAAGCAAAUAACACCGACUUGGAUUUCUCGCCUCGUAUCAGCCCCGUGGAUGCAGUCGGCCCUUCAGAGAGAGCAAAUCGCCGCCGUACGCUGCCACCAGAGACCUUUAGCAACCUCCAAUUCUCUCCACCAGGCAAUCAAGUGAUCAAUCUUGGCAGUCCAUGCCCACCUAAGCGGCGACAGGAUAGCUUUACCAACCAACCUUCUUCCCCUCGCCGGUCAUUGACUUCAACCUACAGUCUUCAACUUGCACCGUCGCCAGCAGGGCACAUCCCACCUCCUCGAGCAAGGAGGCCAUCUUUUGCCUCUGAGGUCUCGGUCAAACCACAUGCUCCGAUGGUGGGUUCUUAUGAGGAGUCGAUAUUGCGCGGACGUAUGUCCAUGAAUCCUUCUAAACCUCUGGAUUUCACGGCUCAGAUUGGUGUAUUGGGCAAAGGGAAAUGCAAGGGUGCUUUGAAAUGUCCACCGCAUAUCACAGUGCCAUUCCCAGCUGUUUUUUACAGCUACCCAACUUCUGGAUGUGGCCGUUCUAUCUCGGAUGACAAUCCCAGUCCUUAUGUGGGGCAGAUUGAUCUAGAGAACUCGCUGCCCAAGGAGAACCCGAACCCAACAAGACGACGCAGGCGGCAUACGAAUCCACCUGAAUAUUGUGAAGGCACUCCUGCAGACUUAGCAACCCCUACUUGUAUCUCUGAGGCUGAAAUACGACGCCGCCGGGAAAAAAAGCAUCGCAGGUCCGAAUCACCUAAGUGCCCCCCGGGAGGAUCUUACCGAAUUCCACAACAGGGUCAACUGCAGAUAAUCAUCAAGAACCCACACAAAACUGCGGUCAAACUGUUCUUGGUUCCCUACGAUCUCAUCGAUAUGGAGCCCGGCACAAAAACCUUCAUUCGGCAGCGUAGUUACUCGGCGGGUCCGAUUAUCGACAUGCCCCUCAGUGCACGGAAGAAUUAUGGAACCGAUCGCCCUGAAGCUUCUUUGAAUGCCUCAGAAGACCCGCAGGACAAACCAACUCUACGAUACCUCAUUCAUCUGAACAUUUGUUGCCCCGCUCGUGGUCGUUUCUACUUGCAUUCGAGCAUCCGCGUCGUGUUCGCAAAUCGUGUCCCCGAUGGCAAAGAAAAGCUGCGCAAUGAGAUUCAAACCCCGGAACCCCGGUACAGUCCGUACAAGCCCUCUCGGGAGCCAUCAAUCUCCAGCACUGCGAGCUCGAAUCCGCGUUUGACAAUGGAACUCGUUUCCCGCAGACAAAGUGUUGGCCAAGGAACGCUUCCUAGUCAUCGCCCAAAAAUGUCGGAUUCAAACCACAUCCCCUCGCAACUAGAUCAGCCCACUUCCAUGGAUAUCACGGACGCUCCUCGAAACUCGCACUCUGGCAGUGCGUUCGUUUCUCACAAGCCCACUCGAUGCGAUGUUGGGUACGGAGAACACCCUUACAUUCCGAGUCCAAAUGGCCCAGAACUUGGCGAGAGCCUCCUCGCCAAAAGACUUCGAGGUCUCGAUGUCCACAGACAGGACCCAUCCCUAGUAGACGAGCACCAUCCAAGCAAGCUAGGACUCUAUGAUCGACGAUCUCCCAUGCCUGAUCCCCGCCCCCGCUGA